UUUGACUACAAUACCUCGAUAGUUUAGUUCUCGACGAAUGUUUUGAACCUCAUUCUUUCUCACCCUCCCUCUACCGUUCACACACUUCUCCUGAUGUCGAAUUUUCUGUGGUUUCUGAUCACAGAUGUGGCAUUCUUACUUCUGAAGCUGGAAUUGGGUCUCUUCCUGUCAUUCAUCAUGACCCUUUGUGUUGUACUCGGUCCAACCACGAUCUUCAGAGUGAUGUCACAUCCAAUUGAGUAUUACAGGGCAGUGCGCAGAGCAAUGCAGGCAUCCGGCAGGCCUCGAAUCCCAGCUCCAUUUCUUUGAACAUGGAGACCUCACAGCUACUCGAAAUAGACUUCUCUCUUGCAUUUCUCAGAUUUCUGUGCCCUCGAUCCCUUCGUCUUGCGUGCGUCCUUUACUUACUGGCUACACAUCUGCCUGCCAUCUUCAUUGCAAUCAACUUAGGUAGUUAGUACUCUCUGCUUGCUUCUGGAAUUUGAACCGGCAUUUAAGUACAAGCUUCUGCGCGUCGCUUUGAGCAAUAGAGAAUAACUGUUGGUACAACAGCCACUAUGUCUACAGUCUCAAGUGUCAGGUGUGCUCUUGGUCGUGUGAUAUGCGGCUGAUGGGGCUCAAGUGGGCACACAGCUGCAUUUAGAGCGGAACUGUGGAACCGACGUUCAUGGCGAAUGAGUUAGCCGCAACCAGUUGAUGUCGUCUUUGCAGAGGCUUUCCGAAUACACUGGUGUCACAUACUGUGCACAUAUGGACAGCACAUCUGGAUCAGAGUUUGCAGUACUCACGAGAUUUAGUUCUCUAUUUUUUUCAAAAGUCAUUAAAUUUUGAGGACGAAGGUUCAGAAAAGAGGUCAUGGAUUCUAACUCGCAGGAGUUGAUGGAUGACGCAUACUGACUUCCAGGAUUUGUUGACAUGUGGGAGCGACUGGCAACUUUGCCCCUCACGUUGCAACAGAGUAAUCUGUGACAGGCUAUGGCCUGCUGCGACAGGGAACUGCUGUGCCCAGGGACAGACCAAUCUAGCACAUCUGGGAAAUUUCGGAGAAACUGCCUAUGAAGAUAGAGAGACACUCUCAGAGAGGUGAGUUACAUUUGGAAAGAACUGUACGAAUUUUUGCGAGCAGAUCUUUCAAACUCCUUCAGUCUGACAUCCUGUGUCGACCAGGCUAGAAGGGAUGAAUACCUGGUGCUAACAUCUCAACCGUCGUCCGCCGCUGGCUCACUGCUGCUUGAAACGAAGUACACCUGUCAGGCUUUGGAUUUCCAACUUACGCGGACCGUGCACACUGAUCUUCGUCAGACUUUGAAAUUCCAACUCACUCUGUCUGUCUACAAUGAUCUCCUUCGAGGCUACUACAGAACUUCUUCGGCAGGCAGCUUGUUGAAUGAAGUUAUGUCGAUUCGUUUCCUUGAGUAGACAUCCUAUCAUAUCCCCUUAUGGGUUAGUGCGCACUUCUCCAGGUUGACUGCAAAUGUGGCACUCCGUUCUUUCGUACGAGCAGAAAUUUUUUGUGGAGCGAGCGCUCGUCACAAGUUUUGUAUGUAGUAAGAACUACUCACACGUGAUUACAAUUUACAGUUCAUUAAAUUUAUCCAGCUGAUCAACUCGUUUCAGUUAUAGAGUUUGUCCGAAUUUCAAACAUCGUGACGU